GAGAGAGGUUUAGUUUUCUUUAUAACAAACUAACAUAAACUAAGUAAAGACAAGCACUCCACACGUCAAACUGACAUCAAAGAUAACCUGUAAAGUUGUUAAAGUAGCCACUCUUAUGCCCGUGAUUUAAUGAGUCGUCGCUUAUUGGGAACAGAGCUGAACACCAUACCCAGCCAUGACGUCACCAAGGCUCAACCAAUUAUCCAUUGUCUUCUUACUGACCAGUCAGAUAAGGAGUUGGCCCAUGUAGUGAGUGUAAGCGGAUGUAGGUGGGUGGUGGUGCUCGAGGAAGCAGUGGGUGUGGUGGAGGCAGCCUUCAACCUCCUGCCUUCUGGGACACUUAAAAAGAUGUGGGUGUUGGGUGACCUCCCAGGCACGCCCUCGCUCGCUGACCUUAUGAGGACUGACCUCACCGUGACACCUAUACAAGAAGCGAACUUUGACCUCAACAGAGAGUUGCAGUGUUGCCCUUCUCUUCCGGCACCACAGGGCUGCCUAAGGGCGUCAAGCUCUCCCACACCAACCUCCUCACAGCUUUCAUCCAGGGAAAGUACAUACGUGAGAUGAACUCAGAUGGUCCCAACGUGCUGGAGUCCACCUUGUUGGUCCUCCCCGCCUACCACAUAUACGGCUACACCAUCCUCAUGAACUGCUUCUCCUCCGGC